AUGAUACUGCUAAUACCAUCAACAGAAGAGCUUAGACAAGCAGGUAAUAUUGCAUUCAAAAAUCAAGAAUUCAAAAAGGCAGCUAAAAUCUACCGUGAUGCAAUUAAGCAGGAUUCAAAGAAUCCCGUACUUUACUCUAAUAGAGCACAAUGCUUCUUAAAGCUCGAAGAUUACGGUAGAGCUCUAAGAGAUUGCCAAAUGGGAAUU